CUCGGUACAUGCUGCAGUGUAUGUCCAAACCGACCUUUAUGAUGACAAUCCGGGAGUUUUCAGGCUGGAAAACAAGUUCUUCAGACUGAAUCUUGUUCUUUCUUCCUCUGAGUAUCUGCUGUGUACGGUGCCUUCUCGUGCUCUUCCUUUUCCUGACGCAAAUGUAGGUGUAAACGUUACAUUUGUCAGUAGAUGUUGCUUUUGAAUAAACCUAAAGAACUUGAAACCACUUCUGAGACUCCUGCCUUGAUUAGCAGGGGAAGAGCAAGAAGGAAGACUUGCCAGACAAGAUCCAAAACCAGUGUGACCUUCGCCUUUCUAAUAAGGUGACUCAGAAACACUACAUAGAGGACUUCUAGCCAGACAUGCUUGGUGCAGGAGUUUGAAGAUGCAUUGAGACUGAUAGUGAGAACAGAAAAAUCUCCUAAAGAAGAACACAGCCCGAACUGUUGGCCAUGUCCAUCACAGAUCACAGCCCCACCACUGGAGUGGUGACUGUCAUCGUCAUCCUGAUCGCUGUUGCGGCUCUGGGAGCCCUGAUCCUGGGAUGCUGGUGCUACCUGCGGCUGCAGAAGCUCAGCCAGUCUGAGGAUGAGGAAAGCAUUGUGGGUGAGGGAGAAACCAAAGAGCCCUUUCUGCUGGUGCAGUACUCUGCUAAAGGACCCUGUGUGGAGAGGAAAGCCAAGCUAACUCCAAACAGCCCUGAAGUACACAGCUAACCUGGAGCAACAUAUGCAGAUGGACUAUAUGCUCAUGACAUGUGUAACCAGCAAAAGUGUUUCAGUACUGUGAAGAACCUGGUCCUGUGCACACUAUUCAUCAGAAAACACCAUGAUGAGAAUUAAAUAAGCUUUGUUUGCAACUGCAUGCACUGAGAGGGUGUACCUUGCAUCAACUGUGUAUCCCAAUUCCUCUGUGGCAGGAGCUGACUCGCCUGGUGUAAUGCCCAUUGCUGGCAAUGGGCACAGGAAUAAACUGGUGUGAAGAGAC